GAGUGUGUGUGUGUGUGUAUACAAAUCUUGAUUCCAACAACAUAAUAACACUAUGUCACCGCUCAAUCUCCAGAACCCAAAAUUAAACAACCACAAUCUCCCUUCCCGUCUUCUCCCUCUUCCGUCCGUCGUUCCUCCGCCGGAGAUAGGGGGGCGGAGCCAUUGUCGGCCAGGAGAUAUCAUGCACAGUGUAUAAUAACACCGACACCUUUACUGGUCGGCGCAUAGUGUCGUCACCCUCUCUUUCUCUUAUGGAUUAUCGUCUCCCUUUCAUUAUCGCAUCAGAAGAAGUUCGCUUCCUUCUCACGGCAGCAUCUUCCUCUGAUUAACAGAAAAAAAAAAAAGGUUCAACUUCAUCAUUUAUUUAUAAAAUCACUUCCGAUUCCCCGAUUGAUUGUCUGAUUGAUUUUGCUUUUCAAUUCUGGCGGACAUCGAAGGAACCCUAGCGUUCCUUUUUGCUGCAAUUUCAUAUUUGUUGACGGACCGUAUUGAUUUGCGAUCAAAAAGGAGGAAGAACAAGUGGAGGAGACUGGUUUACAAUUAUAAGAUGCAAUGGAUAAUCAGAUUUUCAGGCUUUGUAUCCGCCACAAUGGUCAUGAUUGUGCUGGCUCCUUCUCUUCAAUCUUUUCAUCCUGCUGAAGCCAUCAGAUCGUCUCAUACUCAUAUUGACGGCUACAUCCGUCUUCCCGGUGGUCAUAUUCCCGGCACCGUCACUUACCGCUCCUCCUUCCGUAGAGCUUCUACAUUCCGUAAUGCCGCUGGAUGUCAGACAAGGAAAGGUUCAGUCGAUGUAUGCGAUCCGUCUCUGGUGCACGUUGCGAUUACUCUCGAUUUUGAGUAUUUACGAGGUUCGAUUGCUGCCGUUCAUUCCAUAUUGCAACACUCAUCGUGCCCUGAGAGUAUUUUCUUCCACUUUUUGGUCUCGGAUACGGGUCUCAAAACCCUAGUUGGGUCAACUUUCCCCCAAUUGAAGUUCAAGGUCUAUUAUUUUGAACCGGAGAUUGUUCGGAAAUUAAUCUCCACAUCAGUGAGGCAGGCGUUGGAACAGCCGCUUAAUUACGCGAGGAAUUACUUGGCCGAUAUAUUGGAGCCGUGUGUUCGGAGAGUCAUCUAUUUGGACUCCGAUCUCGUGGUGGUUGAUGACAUUUCGAAGCUUUGGAGUACGAGCUUAGGAGAAAAAACCAUCGGAGCCCCUGAAUACUGUCACGCCAACUUCACAAAAUAUUUCACCACAGGUUUCUGGUCAAAUAGGAAGUACUCUAGUAUUUUCAGCGAAAGGAAGCCGUGUUACUUUAACACCGGAGUGAUGGUAAUCGAUCUGGUUAAAUGGAGGCAGUUUGGGUACACGAAACGGAUCGAGAGGUGGAUGGAGAUCCAGAAGAGCGACCGGAUAUACGAGCUGGGGUCAUUGCCGCCGUUUCUAUUGGUUUUUGCAGGACACGUGGCGCCGAUAGAUCAUGGGUGGAAUCAACACGGGUUAGGUGGGGAUAACGUGAAGGGGAGCUGCCGUGACCUGCACCCUGGUCCGGUGAGCCUACUGCAUUGGAGUGGAAGCGGAAAGCCAUGGCUAAGGCUGGAUUCGAAACGGCCGUGCCCGUUAGAUGCCCUAUGGGCACCAUACGAUCUGUAUGGACAGUCUAUGUGAUUACCAGAGCUUAGUUUCCACAGAGCUCAACGCCGGUAAAUUUCUCCCGUGAAUGUUUUUUUCUAUUUGUUUCUUACAUUGUCGUCAUCAUCAUAUUCUUCUUCUUCUUCUUUUUUUUGUCUUCUUUUUUGGGGGAGGGGGGUUUAUAGUUUUUUGUUGAAUUAAGGGACAUGUUAUCUUGGGCAUCUGUAUUCUAUUCCAUUAUUUCUGCAUUCUGAUAAUAAAAGAUGAA